UUAUGGCUAGUUAAGAAUGGAUCAUCUUAUUUUCCCCAUUUCAUCGCACUUUCAAUGGCCAAUAAUGGAAUUUAUGGUUGCUCGGAUCACUCCAUAAAAACCACUUCGUCUGUUGUUACCACUUCCCCUCUCCUCCAUUCCCUCGAGAUAUAUAUUACGCCUGCCAACUGUUUGAUAAAAUGCCUUAGCCAGAUAUCGAACUUUGCGACGCAAGUAACUGCUACAAAGCUAGUAAACUUCUCAUUCAAGCCAUUUCUCUUCUCUCCGUUUUCAACCAAAAACUUGUCAACACAUCAAUGAGCAAGUUCAUCAUCUUUGAAGAAGGAUGGGAGACUUUGCACAGGGGUAUCACCAAGCUCCACAAAUCUCUAGAAGGAUUGGAGCCUAGCUUCACUUCCGAAGAAUUCAUCAAUCUAUAUACGACCAUGUACGAAAUGUGCACCCAAAAGCCUCAGCCUCGUCAAUCUCGUAACUUUGCCCGAGAACUAUACGACAAGUACCGCAAAACAUGUGAAGAGUACAUCAUAUCAAAUGUUCUGCCAUUUUUGCAAGAAAAGAAAGAUGACAUUUUGUUGAGAGAGUUGCUCAAAAAAUGGUCAAAUUACAAAGUUAUGACCGGCCACCUCAAAUGUAUUUUUCAAUAUAUUGACAGAUCAGAAAUUCGAAGAUAUACGCUCCAUUCUCUUGAAAAAACCAACUUCUUAUGUUUUAACCACCUGGUAUAUGAAAAGAUGAAUAAAGAAAUAAUGGAUGCUAUAUUUUCUGUGAUUGAUCGGAAACUUGCAGGAGAGAUGAUUGAUCAAACUUUUCUUAUUAACACGUUGGAUUUCUACAUAAAGUUUUACAAAUGCUCAACAAAUGAUGAGGCAAAGGGAGGUAAAAGGAAGCGCAUACCAGAUGUUUUAUCAAAUAAAGUCAACUUGAUGAGCUCUGAUGGGGCUGUGUUUGAAACUGACGAUAGUGUGGCACUUAUGUCAAAAAGAUUUGAGAACAUUACUAAGACCAUUUCAGUUGGUGAUUACCUUGAUGUCAUUUAUGUUCAGAAAGUGAAUAGCAAAAUGUUGACAAUUAUUGUUGAAUACUGCAAGAAGCACGGAAACUAUUAUGAACUAAACGGAAGCUAUAAUGAACGGAUGGAAGGGGAUGCUAAAUUUGUCGAAGUUGACCCUAAAACUCUGCUUGAUCUUACAACAUGUGCAUGCUACAUGAAAAUCGAGAGCUUGGAGAAGCUGACAUCUAGCAAAGUAGAUGAGUUGAUAAAAGGAAAGACACCAGAGGAAAUUGCCCAGAUCUUUGGAGAUGACUCAAACUCCAAAUUAUUUGAAAAAUUACAUGAAGAGAAUGUACAACGAGUAAAGGCUUUAGAGUUUUAGUUAAAACCACACCUUGAACUCAUUCAUGUUUGGUUUACCA